CCCGCCCCGUCCCGGUCGCCCUCCGCGGGGCCUUCUAUAUGGGCCACCUUCUCUCGAAGGAGCCGCGUAACCGCCCGAGCCAGAAGAGGCCUCGCUGCUGCAGCUGGUGCCGCCGCCGGCGCCCGCUCCUCAGGCUGCCCCGCCGGACUCCGGCCAAGGCGUCCCCGCAGCCCGUGGCGCCCCGGAGCCGGGACUGCUUCUUCCGUGGGCCCUGCAUGCUCUGCUUCAUCGUGCAUAGCCCCGGCGCGCCCGCCCCCGCCGGCCUAGAGGAGGAGUCGCCGCUCUCGCCGUCGCCGCCGCCACCGCCGCGGGACGGGGCCUACGCCGCCGUCUCCUCGCAGCUCCUGGCGCGGCGCUACGCGGCCCUGGCCGCCGAGGACUGCGCCGCCGCCGCCCGCCGCUUCCUGCUGUCCUCGGCUGCCGCUGCCGCUGCCGCCGCCACUGCCACUGCGUCGGCCUCGUCGCCCGCGUCCUGCUGCAAGGAGCUGGGGCUGGCCGCGGCCGCCGCCUGGGAGCAGCAGGGCCGGAGCCUCUUCCUGGCCAGCGUGGGGCCGGUGAGCUUCCUGGGACCGCCGGCCGCCGUGCAGCUCUUCCGGGGGCCGCAGGCCGAGCCCCCCGCGGUCCUCGAGAUGGUUUGCAAGCGGAAGGGGGCCGGGGUCCCCGCCUGCACCCCCUGCAAGCAGCCCCGCUGCGGCGGCGGCGGGGGCUGCGGCGGGGGCGGCGGCGGCGGGGGAGGGCCCGCGGGGGGAGGUGCCUCGCCGCCGCGGCCGCCCGACGCUGGCUGCUGCCAGGCCCCGGAGCAGCCCCCGCCGCCGCUCUGCCCCGCGCCCGCCUCUCCCGCCUCCGAGUGCGCCCCCAUCGAGGCCGCGGGGGAUGCAGUCCGAGCUGGGGGCACCGCCCCCUCGUCCUCCCAGCAGCAGCCUGAAAGUGGCGACGCGGACUGUCAGCAGCCCCCCGAAAACCCCUGCGACUGUCACAGGGAGCCGCCCCCCGAAAUCCCUGACAUCAACCAACUGCCGCCGUCCAUCCUGCUUAAGAUAUUUUCCAAUUUGUCCCUGGAUGAACGCUGCCUGUCUGCGUCGUUGGUUUGCAAGUACUGGCGUGACCUUUGCUUGGACUUCCAGUUCUGGAAGCAGCUGGACCUCAGUAGUCGUCAGCAGGUUACUGAUGAAUUAUUGGAAAAAAUUGCAUCCAGAAGUCAGAAUAUAAUUGAAAUCAACAUUUCUGAUUGUCGCAGUAUGUCUGACACUGGUGUGUGUGUUCUAGCGUUUAAGUGUCCUGGACUUCUUAGGUACACAGCCUACAGGUGCAAACAGCUUUCCGACACCUCCAUCAUUGCGGUGGCCUCCCACUGCCCUGCACUGCAGAAGGUCCACGUAGGCAACCAGGACAAGCUCACUGAUGAAGGACUCAAACAGCUGGGCUCAAAAUGCAGAGAACUGAAAGACAUCCAUUUUGGCCAGUGUUACAAGAUCUCAGAUGAAGGCAUGACUGUCAUAGCUAAGGGCUGCCUGAAGUUACAGAGAAUAUACAUGCAGGAAAACAAACUAGUGACAGACCAGUCUGUGAAGGCGUUUGCCGAGCACUGCCCCGAACUCCAGUAUGUUGGCUUCAUGGGCUGUUCAGUUACUUCCAAAGGGGUCAUUCACCUAACCAAGCUGAGAAACCUUUCCAGCUUGGACCUCCGUCAUAUCACUGAACUGGAUAAUGAAACUGUGAUGGAAAUCGUCAAGAGGUGCAAAAAUCUUAGCUCUCUGAAUCUCUGUCUGAACUGGAUCAUCAACGACAGGUGUGUGGAGGUCAUUGCAAAGGAGGGCCAGAACCUGAAAGAGCUGUACUUGGUGUCCUGUAAAAUCACCGAUUAUGCACUGAUAGCCAUUGGGCGAUACAGCGUGACCAUAGAGACCGUGGACGUUGGAUGGUGUAAAGAGAUCACUGACCAAGGAGCUACCCUGAUCGCACAGAGCAGCAAAUCUCUGAGAUACUUGGGCCUGAUGAGAUGUGAUAAGGUCAAUGAAGUCACGGUGGAGCAGCUGGUGCAACAGUACCCCCACAUCACCUUCAGCACUGUUCUGCAGGACUGCAAGAGGACCUUGGAGAGAGCCUACCAGAUGGGCUGGACUCCCAAUAUGUCUGCCGCCACCUCCUAAUGCUCUUGCCCAUGCCUGGGCCUACUCGGGUCGUCCAGCAGGGUGGAGAAAUGGGGGAGGGGGGCUGGAACAGGGAAUCUUUGGGAAAGUUUUAGCCAUCACCCGUCUGUGUCUGUACCCAAGUGUUCUAUUUGUGUCUUGUUUGCAUCCCAUAAGCGCACUUGUUCCUUAGCCCCAGGUGAGCUGGCUUGUCUUCCUGAAAAUGGAAGAUCAUGAAAACCACAAACUUCUUGUUUUUUAAUUCAAAAG